ACGUGUACAAAGGAGUACUCUCUCACUCUGAAGGGCAAACCAUGGUUGCUUUUAAGCGUCUAGAUCGUAAGCUUGGGCAAGGAAACCCUGAGUUAUUGAAAGAGAUCCUGAUGCUUUCCCGUUACACACAUGAAAACCUCAUCUCUCUUCUGGGAUUUUGUGAUGAAGAUGAUGAGAAGAUCCUUGUGUAUGAGCAUGCAUAUCACGGAAGCCUAGAUCGCCAUUUAAGUGCCAAUACCCUCACAUGGUGGAAACGUCUCAAGAUAUGCCUCACAGCUGCAAAGGGACUCUGCUACCUUCAUGAUCCUAAAGGGACAGAACAAAGAGUUAUCCAUCGGGAUAUUAAAAGUUCAAAUAUUCUACUAGAUGAGAGUUGGAAUGCUAAACUUUCUGACAUGGGUUUAUCGAAGAUAGGUCCUGCUAAUCUGCAACACAGCUUUCUUGCCACCAAUGUUGUAGCUACGUAUGGGUAUAUAGAUCCUCUGUAUAUGGAGACUUACCUCGUAACGAAAAGAGUCGGAUGUAUACUCAUUUGGCAUGGUUUUGUUCGAAGUGCUGUGUGGGAGACUCUGCUAUGAAUAUAACAACGGUCAUUUUAUGAGCUUGUGGCCAAUGUGGAAAAAAAGCUAUGAAGAGAAGAAACUAGAUCAGAUUAUCUUUGAAGACCUGAAGGAACAUAUGAAUCCGAGUUCACUGGAAACAUUUUCAGGCAUUGCUUAUCGAUGUUUGCAGAAAUCUCGUGAAGAACGUCCAAAGAUGUCUGAUGUUGUGGAAGAACUUGAGAUUGCACUUGAUAUUCAAAAGACAGAAGGACCAAUGGACUUUGAAGAGAUGAUUGAAACUGCAGUAGCUCCUCAUGUCUACAAAUCCAAAGAGGAACUACAGAUGCUUCUCUACAGAGGAAUGUUGGUUAACGGGGGCAAAACGUGGUUUCCAUUAAACAAGAAUGGUGAACAUUGUGAAAUGAUAUCCGCAAAAGUAUGUUUGAUUCCUAUUCUCCCUGCAUCUCCCAGAUAUGCAUACAAUGGUCUACAACACAAAUCAAGAUUUCCAUUAGACAACAAAAAUACCACACCAUUAUGUUGGAGAUUCAAAAUGAAUGUAAAAGCACAAUUUUUGUCACCACAUAUCACAUAUGCAGUAAACCUUGUGCUCGGUGUUGACUAUGAAAGUAUGGACCUUUUAUUCCUCAAUUACAAUUUGGCUGAGGAGACAUACUAUUCCACUUCAUACAAAGCAGAUGAGAGAGAAGAUGGAUGGUUCACGACUGAAUUGUAUCAGUUUACUAGCACCAAAAAAAGUGCUGAUUUUGAUAUAACUUUUGAUUGCCGAGGACAUCCGUUGAUUGUAGAAGGCAUCGAGUUCCAGCCCAUCGAGAGAGUGGAUCAUCAUCAACUGUUAGAGGAUGAGAAGGUGGAUAUGCCAGAGACAUAUUGGGAACAAAGGUUGCCAAGUGAUUAUGAAGAUAUACUCAAGUCGUCCAAAAAUAGUCUACAAUGGACAACAAACAAGGAACUCUACUCUAUUCUUCGUAAAGGGUUCCCAAUCAAUAAUGGUGAAGAGUGGUUCUCACUUGCAAACAAUGGGAAGAAAUGUCAUAUGGUUCCAGCAAGAAUGGCUUUGCGAAAAUUAGUGUGGAGAUGGGGGCCUUCACGUGAAUCAAGAUUUAAAGAAGUGGCUUUUUGUACUCAACAAUCCUUUUCAAUAACCUGCACUUCCAAAAUGUUGUCACCUCAUACAAGAUACGCAUGCUUUCUUGUUUACAACAUACAAACCAAGAACCCUAACGUUGGGCAAGUUGUGGAAGUGAGUGAUCAGAGUUGUAUCACAGAGAGUGGAGAGUAUGAUCCACAUCAUAUCCUUUUAUUUUUGCCUGAGACCCCAAUUAUUAGACAACAGGUUAACGACAACACCAACAACAUACACAACCCAUUAAAGAGAACCAAAAUGGAAGGUGUUCCACAACGUAGGAAUGAUGGUUGGUUGGAAGUGCAAGUAUGGAAAUGCCAAACUGGUGCUACUACUAGUGAAAAUCCUUUGUUUGAUCUUUAUUUCAACAUUAGGUCUUUUUCGAGGAUUGCAGAGCUCAGUGUGCAAGGCAUUGAGUUUAAAGCCAUAUAGAUUUUUUUUAUAGUAUAUGAUUAGAAUUUGGAAAUGAAUUAAGUGUAACGGUUCGAUUUUAAGCAUAUAUCUCACAAGAUAUCUUGAAGAGAUCUUUUAUCUGAUAGAUUAGGAAACUUGUUGUAUUUAAUUAUCUUUCCUAUUUUCUUGUAUCUUUAUG